AGCAAGUACAAUUUAAAAACCAUGGUUAAAAAGUUGCGUAAAAGAUAAAAUAAUGUUGAAAAUAAUACAGGAUGUUAGUGGGAUGCAAAAAAAAAUACCCAAAACUACUGGUUUUCAUAUCAUCGCUUUCGUUAUGCAAAAAACGAGGAUGUGGUUCUAUGUUAAUCAUACUGAUUAAAUUUUAUGGUUCAAAAUGUUUAUUAUACAGUUAAUAACUGUGAAAAUGGGUGAUAAAGACGUUUUUUUAUUAAAUUAUCAAGAAUUAACUGCUUUUUUACUAAAGAUCGGCCAGUAUGAGGCCCUUAAAAUUGUAAAAAAAUACAAAAUGGACGGUAAAAAAUUUCUGAAAUUUUGCGAGGACGUAGAAACAAUUGAUCUGACAAAUAACGAGAAGAUUAUUCUGAUGGGGUUCAUGUCCUGGAUGAAUUUGAACUCGAGCUUCUCUAAUAUACCGAGUGAUUCGACAUCGAGUGCAAGUGAUUCGAAACGCGACGUGAAUGAACCUUCUUAUUUAAAUAUGGAAGAAUUUCACCCGAAACAUAAUUACGUAGAAUAUAAAAAUUAUCCACGAAUUUCGACGAAUUAUUUCAAGUAUUCAAAUCCAAAUUCAUCGAGAGACGAUAUCGAUUCAAUUUCUUAUAUUUCGAAUGAAUACAUACAUCCUUUAGCGCCUUCUCAAAAUCGAUACGAUCAAAUAACAAUCCAACGGAUCAAAGAAUACGAUAAAGAAGAUUUGGAUAAGGAAAAGAAGAUGCAAUACAAGGUCUCUUACUUGGAAGUUAUUCAGCCGCGUACGGAAAUCGAUGGUCAAAUCGAAAGUGAUCGAGAACCGUUUCACAAUUCGAUAUGCGGAUGCGCAUGCUUCUGGGGAUGUCUACAGAAACGUCAAAAGUGAUCUUUCUAUUUAUAAAUGUCAAUUUUAUGAAAUUGAAUGAAAUAAUUGUUUUUUGACUGGCCCUGUAUUACAAUUCGACGAAUAUCAAUAAAAUCGAUUAUUUUUAUUAAAUUUCGACUAUAAUCAAAAAUAUGGAAAAAAUACAGGGCGAUUUAUUUAAAAAGUACUGAAAAAAAAACAUAAUUAUUACUCACCCUGUAUUCGAAUUAGAAAAUAUCGCUGAAAUCGAUAAUUUUCUAUGAAUUUAUAUCGAAAGUUGUCGAAAAUUUGAUAAAAAUGAACGAUUUUAUUGAAAUUCGUGAAAAUCGGAUACAGGGUGAUUUAUAAAUACGAUUUUUUUAUUAAAAGGAUCACCCUAUAAGAAAUUUUAAUAAAUAUCAAUAAAAUCAUUCAUUUUUAUUAACUUUCGACUAUAAUUAAACAUAUGAUUACAGUAUAUUAUAACCCUUUUACAUAUUUUUUAAUAUAUAGAGUGUUUUACGUGUUUAUCUAUAAUUAUUCAUAACUUUUCGAUUACCCUGUAUAACGUAUUGCAAAUUACAUUUUUAUAACAUGAAAAUCGAGUAGAAGGUUAAUUUGGGAAAAAAUACGGGGCGAUCUAUU